GAGGUGCUGCAGGUAUCACUGAGUGUCUUGUGCAGUCGCAUGAAGAGACGCAGUCUGAAAACACAGGAUGCUCAGCUAGACUUAUACGUCUGCUUCCAUCUUGUCCUGCUGAAUGGAAGAAGGGCAAGAUUCAAGGUGUACGAUGCCGUGGAGGGUUCGAGAUUGACUUCGAAUGGGAGGACGGGCACAUCCAUGAUCCAGUGCGCAUCAAAUCAUUGUUUGGACACGAAGCUAUACUUGUCUUCCAUAGUGUAGGGUCUGAUGCCCUGGACACAGGUGUUAAAGUCAAGGUUCCUGCAGUUCAGGGCGAACAUACCAUCAGACGCGAUGUCUGAACGAGGUUAGACCUCUGACAUCAUCUUCGAGUUAGGAAGGGUCGACACAGCCAUUCUCGAUACAACGAACAAGUGUGCUAUACAGAGCAUCAAGAUGUCAGCAAACGACCUCCAAGAUAAUCUUCAGAAGAAUAAGAAUUCCAUCUUGAAUGAAGGCAACCUUCUCGGAUCUCUACCUUUCGUUCAUGACCAGUUCCUUCUCUUUGGCGAUUCGAUCACACAAAGCGAUGGCGAUCCCACGCUCGGCUUCAGUUGCUAUCAAGCUCUUCAACAUGAUUAUUCAAGACGCAUUGAUUUUGUGAAGCGUGGCUUCAGUGGUUACAACACAGUCAAUGCAUUGAGCAUAUUGCCCAGAAUAAUUCCCAACCCUGAGCAAGGUCGCGUCCGUCUCAUCAGCAUCUUCUUUGGACCCAACGACAUCUCGUUGCCAGACACAACAGGUCAACAUGUACCUCUGCAGGUAUUCGAGGAGAACCUACGACGCCUGGUCGAGCAUCCGAAAAUCCAGGCUCACGAGAACAUCAGAGUACUAUUGAUCACGCCGCCGCCGAUUGACGAAUGGGGUUUCGAUCAUUGGGACGAACCUGGAAGGUCGGCGCGGACGGCCGUGACAGCGCAACAAUAUGCCGUGGGAGUCAAGAACGCUGGUGAAGAGAUGGGUGUGGCCGUUGUGGAUCUGUGGGGCGCGUGCAUGAGGGAAGCCACAGUGGGGUGGAAUGCUUCACUUCGCAACGAAUGCAGUGUUGAGCUUUUGAUGCCAGGUGACAAGCGGGCGGAGCGGAGCGAUGUUCUAGCGCGACUAUUGUACGAUGGUUUGCAUCUCAGCGGAGAUGGUUACAAGAUCUUGUACCAGGAGAUCAAGAAGACAAUCAUCCAGGCUUACCCUGAGCUUCGCCCAUCCAAGAUCCCGGUAGCGCUCGAGCCUUUCUUCCCGGAAUGGUUCGAGGAUAACGCGCCUUGGUGAGCGCAAGGGUGCAAGCAAAAACCAUACCGAAUGCUUGCGAUUGUUCACUUAGCGAAAUAUCUUAGUCCAAGAAAUCAACCCGUAGCAACAUUGAUCAUCGUAUAGCAUGCAGAUUUUCGGUCACGUUUGCUCCGGACGCGAAGCUCCUCAUUUCCGCCAAUGACGCAACGCUCACCCGCAUUUACGUACCGUACCGUAAGAGCUUACCACGUCGAGCUCUCUACAUAUUUUACCUAGC